AUGUCCGGCCUGAAGCGCAACUGGGGCCGUUUGCCAGGCAGGAGGUCCAGCCCGCCGCCCUGCAAAGCCCCCCGGCUGUCGCCAGAGCCCGGGCCCAGGAGGAGUCCGGAGGCCCCUUGGGACAUCCUUGAAGACUUGGAGAGGCUCAGCGGCCGCAGCCCAAGGCAGCUCUUGGCUUUCUUCGAGAGGCACGAGUUGCAGCUGGCCAGGGCGCUCGGCAGCCCAGCGGUGGCUCCUGGCAAGGUGUACACGGUGCUGCGUGCCGUCAGGCAGGUGCUGGAGGGGCCCACAGAGGCCCAGGAGGCCCAGCCUGUGUUGGAGCUGGUGCUUCAGCCGGCCUUUCUGCUCCAGAGCCUGCUGGGCUUCAUUGCCAACCUCGAGACCUUCCGGUGCAAGGAUGGGCAGAUAUCCCAGGAGGUGAUGGGGGACGCGGUGGCCGCUCUCCACCAUCUGCUGGAGGCCUCUCCCGGCCAGGCCCACAGCUUGCUCUGCUACCCCGUGGACCUCCUCUGCUCCACAAUCCAGAGGCUGCAGAGCCGUGGCUUCCAGUUCACGUGGAUCAGCCAGAAGCGGCUAUGGGACACCAAGAGCCUGCUGGACAAGGCCUUCAGCCACUGUGGCGAGUCCGGCCCGGUGUCUCCGGCGGGCAGGGAGGACUUCCACCUCAUCCCCGUCUUCCCCACUCCAGAGGACAUCUUUCUGGAGCCCUCCCGGAAGCUGAAACCCAACAUCCUCUCAGGCAGAUACAAGAGCGAUGCCGAGUACCUGGACACCCACUUCCGCCUCUUGCGUGAAGACCUGAUCAAGCCCCUCAGGGAUGGCAUCUCCUCUCAGUUCACCCUCCGGAGCCUGUUCUCAGGCUCGCAGAAGCCGGCCGGGGAGCUGCGGCUCUAUCAAAACGUCGAGCUGGUCAACGUGGGCACUUCGCCGGCCGGCGUGACGUACUUGGCCAAGUUCCGCGGCACACGGAGCCCCGCGGCCUUCUCCUCCAAGCGGCUGCUGACUGGCUCCCUGGUCUGCCUCAUCUCCAACGACUGUGACCACGUGCUGUUCGGGACCGUGGCCAGGUCCAACGUGCGCGAGCUCCUCCGUGGGACCGUGUGGCUGGACAUCCAGCAAGGCCACGGCCGCCUCCUGAAGCACCUGCACAGGACCAGCUUCACCAUGGUGGAGUCCCCGGCCUUCUUUGAAGCCUACCGGCACGUGCUGGAGGGCCUUCAGGAGCUGGACGACGCCUGCGUGCCCUUCCGCAGGUACAUCGUGAAGUGUGACCGCGUCAUCUCCCGGCCCUCCUACCUGGAGGGGGACAUGGCGGCCUUCGACGUCCGUGCUCUGCAUCCCCCGAGGGCCAAAGUGGCGGCUGUGGCGGCUCUUGCUGGCGAGGACAAUCCUGAGGUGGAGGUGCCUCUGGUGGACCUGGCUGCCGUGAGCCCCUUUUGCGCUCACCUCUGGACUGGGGAGAUGUUUCCACACCUGGAUGAGUCUCAGAUCUCUGCCAUCCGGAUGGCUCUGAGCACAGAGUUUGCGCUGAUCCAGGGCCCACCGGGGACAGGGAAGACAUUCAUAGGGCUGAAGCUUCUGGAGAUCCUGUUGGACAAUCCGGCCCUCUGGAACAAGGACCACGCACCCUGCCUGGUCGUAUGUUAUACAAAUCAUGCACUGGACCAGUUUCUCGAAGGAAUCCUCCGGUUCCACCCGUCAGGGGUGGUGCGCAUCGGGGGCAGGAGCAAGAGUGAGGCCGUGGCGGCGUGCUCCUUGAAGAAUCUGCGCAAGCAACAGCUUCAUGGCCUGCUGCCGACCAGAGACAAGCAGCAGUUUGGACGGAUGCUGCAGGAGCUGCGCCGGCAGAAGGAGAGCAUUGCCUACUGCACGGAGGUCCUGGAGCUGCUCCCCAAGGGCCUGCUGACGGAGCAGGAGCUGAAGGCAGAGAUCCAGGACGACAACCUGUGGAUCCCAGAGGGAGGGAUGCUGAAGUGGCUGAAUAUCUACCCCCCGCGAGAGGAAGUGCAGCCCCCGAGGAGACAAAGCCCCAGCCACCACAUGCGCCACGGGAAAGGAGCAGCUGGAUCCUCGUCCGGUCUUCGUGGCCACAGCCCAGAGUUCUUCCAGUACCACAAGGAUGAGCGGUUCUUGGAUGACGACAAUGAUUACGAGGUGGAAGGCGAAAUAUCUCCGCCUUCAGCAACUCCCAAGAGCAAGUUUGCCUACAUCAUUCCUGCAGAGGAGAGCACCCAACAGAAAUGGAUGCUGGCGCACUUGAAGGACGGCGACAUCAUGUCCAACAAGGAGGUCGCGCAGAUCCACGACACCAUGAAGCUGCGGCAGCAGGACCGCUGGCGCCUCUACAGGAGAUGGGUGGCCGCCUAUGAGAACGAGCUGAAGGCGGCCUUGGUGCAGAAGCUGGAGACGUACGAGAAGGAUGCAGCACAGCUGGAAGCGCUGUCCUUCCAGGGGGACCUGAAGAUCCUCAGGCGCAGCCAGGUUGUUGGGAUGACGACUACAGGAGCGGCCAAAUACAGGAAGCUGCUACAGACCCUCCGCCCUCGCAUCGUGAUGGUGGAAGAGGCGGCCGAGAUCCUGGAGGCCCACGUCCUCACCUCCCUCACCACGUCCUGCGACCACCUCAUUCUGAUCGGCGAUCACCAGCAGCUGCGACCAAAGCCGGCGGAUUACAGCCUGGAGAAGAAGUACGGCCUGGGCAUCUCUCUCUUCGAGCGGAUGGUCAACAACCGGCUCCCUCGCGUGCAGCUGCUCUACCAGCAUCGCAUGCGGCCGGAGAUCUCCCAGCUGCUGGUGCCCUGCUUCUACAAGGAACUGCGGGAUCACAGUGAGGUGCUGGCCUACGAGAGCAUCAAGGGCGUAGAAAGGAGCGUGUUCUUCGUGCAGCACAGAGAGGAAGAGAGCCGCAGCACCGAGGCGGAGAGCUACAGCAACCGGCACGAAGCCGCCUUCCUGGUCUCGCUCGCCAGCUACCUCCUUAAGCAAGGGUACCGCCAGAGCCAGAUCACCGUCCUCACCCCCUACCACGGCCAAGUGAUGAGAAUCCGAGCCCUCUUGCAGCAGGAGGGCCUGGAGAAAGUGGCGGCCCACGCCGUGGACGACUUCCAAGGGGAAGAGAACGACAUUGUCCUGCUCUCGCUGGUACGCAGCAACCGUGAAAGGAGGAUUGGCUUCCUCAAGGACAAGAACAGGCUCUGCGUGGCGCUCUCGCGGGCCAAGAAGGGCUUCUACUGCAUUGGGAAUCUGGAACAUCUCUCUGCCAGCCACAGUCUGUGGAAAGAGAUCUUAGGCUUGCUGAGCGCGAAGAGCCUUCUUGGGGAAGAGCUGACACUGAUGUGCCAAAACCACCCGGAGACAAAGACCACUGUGAAGGACAGCAUAGACUUCAACCGGCUCCCGGAUGGAGGGUGUGCGCUCAAGUGCGAGACUCGGCUGGAAUGUGGCCACCCCUGCACACGCCGCUGCCACCCCUGCGACAGGGAGCACCGCCUGAACGUCUGCAAGUUCCCGUGCAGCAAGGACCUGUGUGAGCUCAACCACAGGUGCCCCAAGAACUGCACAGAGCCCUGUGGGCCCUGCGAGGUUCCCGUGGAGAAAGUCAUCCCAAAAUGUGGCCACAGCCAAACAGUGCCGUGCCACGUGCCUGCCACGAGCUGGAUUUGUGAGGAGCCCUGCCAGAAGCUUUUGGGGUGCGGCCACCCGUGCAAGCUGCAGUGCGGGAAAGACUGCCGGGCCGUCCUCUGCAAGGAAACGGUGCAAGUCACUCUGCCCUGCUCCCACGCGACCCAGACGGAAUGCUUCAAGCAGAAGAUGGCCUUGCCGUGCCACGAGAAGUGUCUGCAGAGCCUGACAUGCGGACACGGGUGCAAGGGAAGCUGUUCCGAAUGCGUCCAGGGCCGGAUCCACGCGGCCUGCCGGCGAAAAUGCUCCAGGGUCCUGCUCUGUUCUCACGUGUGUCAGGGAUCCUGUUCCGAGAACUGUCCUCCAUGUGAGAGGGCGUGCCCCAACCGGUGCUGCCACAGCCGCUGCAGCAAGACGUGCGGGGAGGCCUGCUUCCCUUGCAAGCAGCCCUGCGCCUGGCGAUGCCGACACCACCAGUGCACCCGCAUGUGCUCAGAGGUCUGCAACCGGCCCCGGUGUGACGAGCCCUGUCCAAAGACCCUCAAGUGCAAGCACCCCUGCGUGGGCCUUUGCGGGGAACCGUGCCCCCCGAAGUGCCGGGCGUGCCACCAGGAAGAGCUGGCAGAGAUCUUCUUCGGGAGCGAAGACGAGCCAGAUUCCCGCUUUGUCGUCUUAGAGGACUGCGGCCACGUCUUUGAGGUGGGGGGCCUGGACCAGUGGAUGGGCGGAGAAGCAAGCCAGGCCCAAGCCCGGCACGUCCAGCAGAAGGUGUGUCCCAAGUGCUCGACGCCCAUCCAGAGCAACCCGCGUUACAACGACGUCAUCAAAGCCACGCAGCAAAGGAUCGAGGAGAUCAAGCGGAAGAUCCGGGGCAGCAAAGAAGAACUCCAGGCUGGCCAGGCCGCGCUGCUGGGCAGGCUGAUGACGACGCCUUGUGCCAGUCGCUAUUUUGAACAGGCGGCCUUGAUGAAAAGGAUCGAGACGACCGGUUCCCUCCAGAGCCUCAGGGACUGGGAGAACACGGUGAAUUUCCUUGUUUGCAUUCAGAAGCUGAAAAACCAAGCCGAGAAGUGCACGGCGGAGAGGAAAGGGCGCCUGACGGAGGCAGCGGAGGUUGUGGAGUCCUGGGUGUGCCGGAGGAAAAGAGGAGACACGUUCACGGCUCAGCAACUCGGAGAAUGCAGGAACGAGAUCAAGAGAAUCUCCUACUUGGCCAACAUCUUUGAGCGGCUGAGCAACUACGAGCAGAAUCAAGUGCCGUCCUCGGCAGCGACCUUGGCUGUUGUGGAUAAGGUCGUGAGCCUCCUCAGCGAGAAGGCCCCUUUCACGGAAGCCCACGAAGAGCUCCUUCAGCCCAUGCUGGAGACCAUCGACCGGCUUUUGCCGGCCUCGGGCACGCGGCUUUCCCAGGCAGAGAGAGUCUCGAUCAUGGAGGCCAUGCGCUUCGGAAGCGGGCGCUGGUACACGUGCCCCAAGGGCCACUUGUAUACCGUUGGGCAGUGCGGGCGGCCCAUGGAGGAGAGCCGCUGCCCUGAAUGUCGGUCUGCCAUCGGCGGCCAAAACCACAACGCUAAUCCAGGUAACCGUAUAGCGGAUAAUCCCGUACUGGACCCUGGGGAUGGAGCGGAGGAGGACAGGAGGCGCCUGAGCGACAUCACAGAGUCAGCUGGACCCUCCGAUCACCUGGCAUAUACAGCCGCCAUCAGCCCUGUGCCGGGCUCACCGUCCUUUGCCAAUGACAGCUGCAGAGAGGCAGGAUUCAGCCCUCGCUCUCCAACAUAUCCGCCCCCCAGCUCCUGCCAAGUUGAGCCACGUGGGACCUGGGAGGAGUGCAGCCCCACUGCAAGCCCAGGGACAUGUUGGGGCCAGGAGGCGCCUGCCCCUUCCCCUUCCCCUUCUCCGGAGGACGCCAAGGCAGCAGCCAUGGAAGACGCACCUCUCUUGGAGCCUGUCACGCUUCACCUGGAGGAAGGUUCCUCCUCGGAGGAAGAGGGAGAGAGCCAGCCAGUUGUGCCGCAGCCAGAGCCAGGUGGAGAGCGGGAGGAUUCAGCAGAUGGCGUCUCACCGCCACAGGAGCCCGGUACGCCUGGCAACAGCCUUCCUGGAAUUCCACAGCUGCCGAAGGCAGAGCUGGACGUAAUAAAUCCUGUGCAGCGACGUAGGUUAUCCGGAGAUGUGGACUGAGGUGUCACCAAUAUGCGGAUGAUACCCAGCUCUACCUUUCCUUUUCAUCAAACCCAGGUGAGGCAGUGGCUGUUCUGAACCAGUGCCUGGGCACGGUAAUGGACUGGAUGAGGGCUAACAAACUGAGACUCAAUCCAGACAAGACGGAGGUACAGUUAGCAGGUGGUUCAUCUGUCCGGCGAGGUGAUGUAUGUGGACUAUUCAGUUUAAAGUUUAAAUGUAUUUGCUUUAAGAUUAAAAUAUUUUCUACUAAUAUGAUUUUAUUGUAAUAAGUAUAGUUAUACCUAAAUUUGAUAUAUUGUUUUUAUCAGUUUUCUUAAAUUUAGGGCACAUGGAGCUUCAGCAUAAUUCGCCACAAUCCUCUUUGGUUUUGCUGUUCCCCACAGCAUAACAGGCAGCAGAAAGGACAGUUUAGGCAAACACAGAUUUUAAUUUCAUUAAGGAUUUGUGUGAACACAGUGACGGGACGGGGCACAGCUCAGCGGCACAGCAAACGCUUUGCCAGCUUUGAUCCUGGCUCCACCCCGUUUAAAAAGGACAGAAGAACUUCCCCAUUUGCUUUGCCUGUGUGGAUAUCCGUACCACGCUCCUACCAAGAUGUUGAUUGGCUUACUCCUACUCUGAUCUUGGGUGACUUCAAUAUCCAUGUGGAUGACCCUCACGAUGCUGCAGCUCUACGAUUUCGCUCCUUAUCUUCCUCUUACGAUCUUAAGCUCUGCUCUGAAGCACCCACA